AUGCAAAUCCUCAAAGCAAGGUACGCUUUAAGAGCGACCGCCAAUCAUUUACAAGCAUGGAGCUGUUCAAGAAACCGGACCGCUGUCACAGACUCAAAAAAGGUCGAAUACAAGCCCAUAAGAAGUGUUCUGGUAGCGAAUAGAGGGGAGAUAGCAAUCAGAGUGUUCAGAGCAUGUACGGAGUUAGGCAUUCGAUCUGUCGCUGUAUACAGCGAGCAGGAUCGUUUACAAAUGCACAGACAAAAAGCAGAUGAAUCAUAUUUAGUUGGCAAAGGAUUACCGCCAGUGGAAGCGUAUUUGAGCAUUCCAGAGAUCAUCAGAGUUGCAAAGGAAAAUGAUGUGGAUGCUGUGCAUCCCGGUUACGGCUUACUAUCUGAAAGAUCAGAUUUCGCGCAAGCAGUUAUCGAUGCGGGACUCCGAUUCAUCGGACCGUCGCCAUUUGUAGUGCAACAGAUGGGAGACAAAGUUGCCGCAAGAAAAGCCGCAAUUGAAGCUAAGGUGCCAAUUGUGCCGGGAACUGAUGGACCAAUUACGACAAAAGAAGAUGCUCUCGAAUUCUGCAAACAACAUGGUCUUCCAGUCAUUUUCAAGGCUGCAUACGGCGGGGGAGGCCGCGGUAUGCGAGUAGUGCGGGAGAUGAGUGAAGUGGCGUCUUCCUUUGAAAGGGCCUCCUCUGAAGCUCUCGGGGCCUUCGGUAACGGCUCUAUGUUCAUAGAGAGGUUUAUCGAGAGGCCUCGACACAUUGAAGUGCAGUUGCUCGGUGACAAAGCGGGAAAUGUGGUCCAUCUCUACGAAAGGGACUGUUCCGUACAGAGACGGCAUCAAAAGGUCGUGGAAAUUGCACCUGCACCUGGAUUGGAUCCCGAGAUCCGUCAAAGGAUGACGGACUGUGCAGUGCACUUAGCGAGGCACGUGGGCUACGAAAACGCCGGCACUGUGGAGUUCUUACUCGACGAUAAAGGAAAUUUCUACUUUAUUGAAGUCAAUGCUAGAUUACAAGUAGAACACACAAUAACAGAGGAGGUAACGGGGAUAGAUCUAGUGCAGUCACAGAUUAAAGUGGCGGAAGGUAUGACGCUACCCGAAAUGGGGCUGACUCAGGACAAGAUCAAGACGCAGGGCUACGCCAUACAGUGCCGGGUCACCACUGAGGACCCCGCAAACAACUUCCAGCCCAGCACCGGCAGGAUUGAAGUGUUCAGAUCUGGUGAGGGUAUGGGCAUUCGUCUCGACUCGGCUUCCACCUACGCUGGCGCCAUCAUAUCUCCCUACUACGACUCUUUGCUAGUUAAAGUAAUUUCUCAUGCACAAGACCUGUCCGCGUCCGCCGCCAAGAUGAACCGCGCGCUGCGAGAGUUCCGCAUCCGCGGCGUCAAAACUAACAUACCUUUCUUGCUCAACGUAUUGGAAAACCAGAAGUUUUUGAAUGGCGCAGUAGACACCUACUUCAUAGAUGAAAACCCACAGCUCUUCAUGUUCAAGGCGUCACAGAACAGAGCGCAAAAGAUCCUGAAUUAUUUGGGUCAAGUGCUAGUGAACGGUCCCGCUACACCUUUAGCCACUAAAAUACCGCCAUCUGACGUCAAACCUUACAUACCACCCGUGCCAUUGGUCGGCACUGGUCAUGACCUUUCACCUGAAGCCCUUAAAAGGCAAGAGAUGACCGGUGAGAACACAGCGGUGACCCCUCCUAAAGGGUUCAAGCAGAUUCUCAAAGAAGGUGGACCUGAAGCGUUCGCUAAAGCAGUGAGACAGAACAAAGGUCUUCUUUUGAUGGACACUACAUUCAGAGACGCCCACCAAUCCCUUUUGGCGACGCGCGUGAGGACGCAUGACCUGCUCGCCGUCUCACCUUAUGUUGCACAUAAUUUCAGUAACUUGUAUUCAUUGGAAAACUGGGGAGGUGCUACUUUUGAUGUGGCUCUUAGAUUCCUACACGAAUGUCCAUGGGAGAGGUUAGAAGAUAUGCGCAGUUUGAUCCCAAACAUCCCCUUCCAAAUGUUGCUGCGCGGCGCCAACGCUGUGGGCUACACGAACUAUCCCGAUAACGUUGUAUACGAGUUCUGUGAUAUGGCGGUGAAAGCCGGUAUGGAUAUAUUCCGAGUGUUCGAUUCAUUGAACUAUUUGCCCAAUCUGAUAUUGGGAAUGGAAGCAGCUGGCAAGGCCGGCGGCGUAGUAGAGGCCGCCAUUUCCUACACCGGCGAUGUGUCAGACCCUAGCAAGAAGAAAUACGACCUGAAGUAUUAUUUGAACUUAGCCGAUGAAUUGGUGAAGGCUGGAACACAUGUACUCGGAAUUAAGGAUAUGGCUGGUCUCUUGAAACCUCAAGCUGCCGAAUUACUAAUAACGGCAAUCCGCGACAAACACCCGGACAUCCCGAUCCACGUGCACACGCACGACACGUCGGGCGCGGGCGUGGCGGCCAUGCUGGCGGCGGCGCGCGCGGGCGCCGACGUCGUGGACGCCGCCGUGGACUCCAUGUCGGGGCUCACCAGCCAGCCCUCGCUGGGCGCGCUCGUCGCCUCGCUGCAGGGCACGCCGCUCGACACAGGCAUUCCACUCCAGACUGUCUCGGAGUACUCAGCGUACUGGGAGCAGGCGCGCACUCUGUACGGGCCCUUCGAGGCCACCGCCACUAUGAAGUCUGGCAACGCGGACGUUUACAUCAACGAGAUCCCUGGCGGACAGUACACCAACCUGCAGUUCCAGGCCUUCUCCCUGGGCCUGGGCAGCCAGUUUGAGGAAGUUAAGAAGGCUUAUAGGGAAGCCAACCUUCUUCUCGGUGACAUAAUUAAGGUGACCCCCUCCUCUAAAGUGGUGGGUGACCUUGCCCAAUUCAUGGUGCAAAACAAAUUGACUGCGGCGGAAAUCGAAGCCAGGGCCGAAGAACUGUCCUUCCCGAAGUCGGUCGUGGAAUUCUUCCAAGGAGCCAUCGGUACGCCAUAUUUGGGAUUCCCGGAACCUCUCAGGUCAAAGAUUCUCAAAGACAUGCCCAGGAUAGAAGGACGUCCGGGACAAGAGCUCCCGCCACUUGACUUCGCCAAACUGAAAGCGGACCUGCAAGAAGCUUAUCCAGAGGUGACAGAGCAAGACGUAAUGUCGGCGGCGAUGUACCCGCAGGUGGCUAACGACUUCUUCCGCAUCCGCGACAAGUACGGGCCCGUCAAGCACCUCGACACCAAGACCUUCUUAGUGGGGCCCACUGUGGGCGAAACGAUCGAAGUGAAGAUCGAGCGCGGCAAGACACUGGACAUCAAAACGCUGGCCGUCUCCGACGAGAUGACGGCUGCCGGCGAACGGGAGGUGUUCUUCGAGCUCAACGGCCAACUGCGCUCUGUCUUCAUACGGGACGAUCAGGCUAGCAAGGAAAUGAAGAUUCAUCCUAAAGCAGUGAAGGGAGACAAGAAUCAAGUCGGAGCGCCCAUGCCUGGAACCGUCUUGACAAUCAAAGUGAAGGAAGGCGAUCAAGUAGAGAAAGGCCAGCCCAUAGCUGUGCUCUCCGCUAUGAAGAUGGAGAUGAUAGUGCAGGCGCCGCGCGCCGGCGUCGUGCAGACCGUUUCUAUCACCAACGGGCAGAAGUUAGAGGGAGACGACCUGAUAUGCACUAUCGAG